GCUGGCCUACGACAACAGCGCCGCACUUUAUUUUUUGGCUUCCCACAUGAACUGAGUCUACGCACGACCUCUACUGAGUCGUCGCGUUGCCAUUUCACCGCACGACACUAAAACUCGCACACAUGAUGACGAAACGAUUCUGAGUAGACGUACUAAUUCCAACUACAAGAAACACACCAGACCAUGUCGGGCGGCGUGAUGGCAGUGGACUUCGCCAAGGAGUUUCCGCGUGUCUUUCACGGGGUGGAGUACAUGGUCAAACUGGCCGCCGACGACAAAAGCUUUUCCGCGCGGAUCGAGCAAACCGACGGUUCCCAGCAGGUAUGGAGCGCGACGUUCUCUAUGGGACUCUCAAACGUGACAUUCUCAACUGUUGCAUGAUUUGUCAUGCAAAAUGACCAUGACCCGCCAGACUAUCAAGCUGCUUCGCAUGACAAAUUCCCGGAGGGCUAAAUAGCACUGUAAUCCGCACCAAACCUGUAAUGCAAGACGCGCAAGGGUCUCCCUCUCACCUGUGCUAGUCUUGCAUUAUAAAUUCAUGUAACUGUUGAGAAUGUAACGUUUGAGAACGCCAUACUCUCUUCCUCGUUCCUCGAAGAGGUCACCCGGCGCACCGGGAACUUCAAGCCGUAUCGAGAGGAAAAAUCCCCCCUCCCCGUAUCGAAAAUGUAUGUUUCCGAAAAUUUGUCUUGCUGAUUUGAGACCACAGAUCACAUAUGUCUUGCAAGAAGACAGCUCCACAGGCUCCGCCGCAUUAUGCAGGCGGUUUGUGAUGCUGUUGGGCCUAUAGCAUAGACGUUUCUCAUGCUAAACGCCUAGGCCACAACCUCUCUACUCAGGCUUGGCAGGAGCCUGCAGUCCUCUACUGCAAGACAGACCUGAUUUGUAUACGCAAAUCCAGCGUCAGAAACUUCCGUUUGGUAUGGGGAGGGGGGGUUUUUCCUUGUGAUAAGCCGUUUGCGGUCUUCGCGAAGAUGAUUCUCACAGCGGCAGCCGAAGAGGCGGCUCUUGCGGGGAACACCUCUGUCUACUUGGACGUGCUCACUUCCCGCGAUCUGGAUAUGCUCCGCCAAAGAGCCGACCGUGGCCCUCCGAGUAUCUUUUUUCGUGCUGAAUUUUUUCACGCACGAGCGAAAGAAGCUUCCAUUGACUAUCACGUGCAGCUGUUGAAUGUAUGAUUUUCUACAACUUACAUUCUCACUUCUGUUCUGAAACAAGAUCUGAUCAUCACAGCCACAAAAUGAUGAGUAUAGACGUUGCGUCUGCGACCCUUCUUGAAAUCAAUCAUGUUUGACCCUCUCAGAUGCGAGUCCUUCUAGCAGCCUAGCGCCCAACAAUAAGCGGUACCUGAUUUUGACUUAUACCGGGGAGUUCGACAAGGUCCAUUACCCGCUCGCCCUGACCGCCGAGGACCCGCCCCAGGACCCGGAGCAAAUGCGCAAGACCAUUCAGCACCUGAAGGAGCAAGUGAUGGAACUGAAAAAGCGUAGUGUGGUGCCGGCGGCAGCUUCGUCUGCAUCCUCUACUGCAAAUAUCAACCAAUCCGUGGUUGCCGACCAGAGCGGUGCGGGGGGGCACGGGCAGAGUGUGUUUCGGAUGACCAACGACACCAUGUCGCAAUACACGAACGCCCGAUCCUAUCCCUCGUCGUCCAGCAGCGCGGCUAGCCAGUCGGACGUAUCAAUGCACGCCGUGGAUCAUCCUUUGUACCACCACCAGCAACCCCCGCAGUCCUCGCCCCUGUCGGAUCGCAAUCUGAACGAGCCCCACAUGGUGCGACGAAUGGAACAAGAGCUGCAGCAACUCCGCUACUCCUUCGACGAAGCCCGGUCCGAAAAUGAUCGCCUGCGCCAAGCGCUGCAACAGCAAUCAUCCUCGCAAAAUAAAGGAGGACUCUCGUCUGGUGCUCUAGCUGGUAUAAAAUAGACGAACGAAGAAAGUUGUGACCGCGCCACUUCAUUGAUAUAUUCCUUCCAGCAUUCCUUUUUCUUGUGAUACAAGUGGUACAGGUAGCGCACUGCUGCCGGCUGCAGGAAGGACGUUGACGUCCACUCCCAGAAAUGAUUUUUUGCCCAUGAUUUUUUGUGGAAUUGUGUGUCGCGUACCUGAUUUUUACAUGUGGCUAACGCGUAUUUGCUUUUGCUCGUCCUCGUCAUCCCCAUCUAUAACACGAAGUCGACAUGGAAUUAUCUGAUCUUCAGGUGGCGUGGAACAGAUCCGUGAGUUGAAGCAGCAGCUUUCCCGCCAGCAGCUCGAAGCCCAGGAGAUGCGCCAAAAACUCUUACUCGAGCAUCGGAAGGAAACAGAGAACCUCCGGAAGGAACUCACAUUCGCCAAGAACCAGGCGAAGCGACUGGAGGCGACGACGAAGCGGCUCCAAGCGAGUAACGAUGAGCUGCGCCGCGCGCAGCUGCAGGCGCGGAAGAACCAACUGUACCAGCACGUGCCCAGCAGUGGCUACGGUAACGGAAGCAGUCGCCCGGGUAGCGCCCGAGGAAGCGCGUUCAACUCCCCCCACCGGUCCCGCGCAGCUUCGCGUGCGUCCAGCGUCGCGAGCAGCCGCGAACCCAGCCCCGUGCGGUCUGUGGCGUCGUCGACGAGAACGAGGCGGACGAUGCCCGAGCCGCGCCACUCCUCGUCCCCUGCUAGUAGCGCGCGGUCAUUCUUCGGCGAGCGACGAAAUUCGAACCCAGGUUCGGCAGGAGCUACUCGUGGUGGAGGAGCAACUGCAUCGUCCUCUCGUGGUCAACAUAUGAUGAAUUCCUCCGCGCGGCCGCCGAUACAACACAGAAGCCCAGCGUCUCGAAGCGUGCGUUCCAUCAGUCCCAGUGCCGGCGAUCGAGGGCCUGGGAUGCUCAUGGCACAUCCCAAUAAACGACCGCCAAGCGCGGGACGCAACGCUCACCCGGCACCGCCCACAGGUAGAAGUAGUCCAUCGACGUCAAACCAGCCGCGCAGCCAAGCCAGCAGGCCCCCUGUUUAUGGAGAACGAAACACCUACCUGGGUGCAUUGCCACCUACUUCGUCAAGUGGUGGAGCUGUAGACCACGCGUCAGCGAACAACGCGGGCUCAGGCAUCAGCGUGAACAGCAGUUUCGACCACGGUGUUCCGAUUCCAGAUUUCGUUCAUCCCGGAGCUGCCAGUCGAGGAGGUGAUCAACAUGAGGGGCGCUAUUAUAAGAACGGGGGUUUCGACACCGGCUCUACUGCCUCUGACCGUGGCGAGCGAGGACCACCUCCCGGUUUGUUUGUGACCUCCAUUGGAAGUGGGCGUGGUGGUGCCACAUCUUCGAGCCCGCUAAGCUACCAACCAGAUCCCGCUGCUGUGCGUGCAGUGGCCAACAAAAGCCCUGGACAUCGCGGAGCAAGCGCAGGCCGGGGGCGCUCUCCGAGCAGCCAGCAAGGGUGGUCGCCGAGGCAAACCUCACCGUACCACAGCGCCGGAAUCGCGAGCAUGCGAGGACCUCCAAAAAACAAUAGCAGGCCUGGUAGUGCAAACGGCCGACGGGGAAGCAGUCGCGACGGUGGCGGUGGAGGGCAGAUGGAAGUAGUAGGUGACAGUAAUUCUUCUCCCUACCGCUACAACCGGCAGUCACCCUACGCCAGUCCCGGGCUACUUCAGAAACCACCCUCGUUUCGCACGGGUAGCUGCUCCCCGCGACGGCAGCAGAGCGAUGUGGACGCAAGACUGAACGCGCUGCAGCACUUCCUGCGAAGCAACCAAACCACCGUCCCACCCGCGAGUGGCUGAGGCGUGAAGGCGUCCUGAGAAAGUACUCCUAACGUACCGUCGCUCGCGAAAGGAAAAGACGAAGACCGGGAGAGCAAGCAGGAGAACGCAUGCACAAUCUUGGAUAAAAGCCGCCAUACUAUACACGCGUAUGCCAAUCAGCUGGACGAGUUUUGCAGUUUUUUUUUACAGUGGCUUCGCAAAAGUCGGUGAUCUUGAUGCUUCGACGGACGAGGUGUUUUUUCAAUAAUUGUGUAGGUAGGCGGUGCCAUGCAUCGCCAUGGUCAUGGACUUGGACUUCAUUACACCUGCAUGCUAAGCUACACUUUGCUAUUGUCAGCCAAAGACGCGUGGCGGGGAAAAUGUGAAUCUUUAUCUUGUGCCGGGUGCAGACCGCCUCAAGAAAAAAGUGUGAAAU